GCCCAAGUCGGGGGCACAAAGCCAAGCGGCUGCUUUUGGGAAUGGGGGUGGGAUUCGGUGCCAAGCGUGGUGUGAGAUUUACCCCGGGUGGGCACAAGCCCUGGCCCCAGAGCCCGGACCCCCUCGGUGCCAGUGCGGUGCCGGGUGGGCCGGGGUCACGCCAGGCCACACGGGCGCUCACAUGCCAAAGCCCGCCAGCUCCUGUGCUGCUCCUGGGAGGGCAUUCCCCUUGGGAAACGAGCCGGGACCCGUCUCCAUCCCAUCCCAACAGGCAUUACCACAGCUGGAGCUAGCACCGCCCAGGAGCCGGGUGCCCCUCCAAGGGGGACGAUGGCACCCGGGACCCCCUUGGCAUGGCGGGGUGGCAGCGGGAGCGUGGCGACAGCUCCGGCGGGCUCGGCGCUUCCAUAGGCCUGGCACGGUGCCCGCCUGGGACGCUGCCCAGCCGGAAAGCCCUGUGCCACCCCGCUCUCCCCCAUCCCUCCGGCACCUCCCAGACAAUUGUCCCCCCGCGGCGCCCGCUCGUCCCUGCUGCCACCGCCUCCCUCCUUGCAGCACUGCAGCGGUCCCGAAAAGCUCAUUUUUGACCCAAAUUGUGCAGCCUUUGAGUUUGGAGCUGCCGAGGCAACUGGUGCUCCUACACGGUGACACGGACGGUGUCGUGCCACGUCCAGAACGGGACCUUCCUCCAGAGGGUCUUCCAGGGCUGCCGCUGGCCCCUGGCCUGCAGCGGGGGCAGCUACCGCGCCGUGGUCCGGCCCCUCUACAGGGUGGCCUACAGGACACUGACGGCACUGGAAUGGCGGUGCUGCCCCGGACACACCGGAGCCAACUGCGAGGAAGAGGCUCCCACCUUCCUCACCCUGCGGGACACCGGGCGCCCAAGCUCAGCCCCGCGCCGGCCCCUCCUGCACCCCACGGCCUUCUCAGGGUGCCUGAACUGCAGCCGUAUCGGGGAGCUGACAGCCCGGCUCGCCACCCUCGAGGCACAGGGACGCCCGGCUGGAGGGGACCCCCCGGCUCCAAGGGUGACGCAGGGGGACGGGGACCAUCGGGAAUUCCUGGAGUGAAGGGUCCAGUGGGGCCACCAGGUCCCCCCGGCCCCCCAGGACCACCCGGCCGGGAUGGAGCCAGGGGGCUCCCCGGAGAGAAGGGGUUACCCGGGCCCCCCGGCCCCCCGGGCCCCCCUGCCCCUGUGGGGCCAGUGAUUCCCCGGCUGGCCGAGCCCAGGGACCCCCUCCUCUCCAACACCUUCACCGAAGCCACCAGGAGCAUCGUGGGUCCCAUGGGACCCCCCGGACCCGUGGGGCCGAUGGGUCCCCCCGGCCCCCCAGGUCCCAUUGGUCCCCCUGGCCCCCCAGGACCCGAUGGCAGAGCAGGAGUGCCUGGAGCUGCCGGGCCCCCCGGGGAGAAGGGGGACAGGGGUCCCCAGGGCCACCCGGGCAGCCGCGGGCAGGACGGGGCGCAGGGCGAGCCGGGCCCCCGGGGCGAGCCAGGCGACAGGGGCACUUGGGCCAGUAGCUUCCAAACCCUCCUGCGGCAGCAGGCCCGGCUGGAGGUCCUGGCUAGAAGGGUCACCUUGCUGGAAGCCAUCAUCUGGCCAGAGCCAGAGUCCGGCUCGGGCAGCGGCGCCCGCGACACGGCGACCCCCGGGCUGACCCGUGGCAAGCGUGGCAGUGGCCAGCCCCCCUACCGCAUCGUCACCCCCCCCCCGCCGGGCCCCCCCAGAGCCGUGACAGAGCCAGGGGUGUCACCCAGGCCACCCCCGUGCCACCCUGGGGAGCAGGAUGGGGUCACCCCCCGUCCCCCCUCUUGGUGCUAAUGGUGGCACGGCACCAACCUGCCCCCCCCUCCACGACGCUUCGCCCCCAUCGCUGCUGCUUGAGCCCCCCAGGGAGGGCAAGGGGUGUCCCCAACCCCGUUUCUGUCCCCUCCCUCCGAGGUGCAGCUCCGGGGAGAUGGAUUCUGUCCCAUCCCAAGCCCCACCCCGGGCACCGCAGGCUGCGGGAGGGGAGUGGGGGGGCUGGCGGUGGGGACCCCCCCCGGGUGGGGACCCCGCUGCGCCGUGCGCUUCGCUGCUUUGGGACCCGCGAGGUCAUUAAAUGUCCCCAAAUCUG